AAUGGGAUAACUCAUCUGAUUAUUACCAUGUAGAAGUUUGGGAUUUAGUGAGACUCAUCUGUCUUCUUGUCAAAGUUAAUUCCCCUUUUCAGACGAAUUUAUUAGGUGACAUCUAAAUAGGGUUUAUUUAUUUAUUUAUUUUUAAAUUAUAAUUAUCAUUUUAGCUUUAUAAAUUUUUUUGUUGGAAAGUAUGCAAAUAAGAGAAAAAAGAGAGAAGAAGAAGCAGCAAGAUUUCAUUGAUAUGGUUCAAUCAAAAGUUGUGCCGCUACAGUACACUUCUAGUUUACUGGGGCAAGGAGAGGCAUCGUCCUUGGUUUCAUCUAAAGAUUUGGAGAUUACUUGUGAUCAAUCUCAACCAGAGUCUGGUGUCCAGCCAGAUCAUCUGUUUGAAGAGAACUUCAAAGAAUUAAAGAAAUGGGUUGAUUUGAAGUCGUCUAAACAUGGCAUCCUCCUAGUGCUACGUGAGAGACGUAGUGGAAGGCUUGGAACAGCAUUGAAGGCAUUGAAUGACAUAAUUCAAGAUGAUGGGGAACCUCCAAAGAAGAAGCUCUAUGAACUAAAGCUCUCUUUGCUUGAUGAGAUUGGAUGGAGUCAUUUGGCAACAUAUGAGAGACAAUGGAUGCACGUGCGAUUUCCAGCCAGCUUGCCACUUUUCUAAAAGGUUGCUCAAUUUCAGUUCAGGUGUCUUGUAUUGAAUAAGUACCCUAUAGGCCCAUUCGAAUAAUUUAUUCCUGUACACAGAUCCUUUCGAAAUAACAUGCAUCCAAUGAGUGCGUUUCAUACAAUUGAAUGUCACAGUCACACUCCUGUUCAAUUAAAUCGUUCAUAGUAAAGUCAGAUUCUCUGAAGUCAUGUGAUGUGCCUAAUAAAGAUCCUAAUUCAGCGUUUAUUAGGCUCUUUACUAUUCUGUACCCCACGGGAUUAGUGAUUCCUUAAACUUAUGAUUUUUUGCCAUAGUGGAAUCUUGUGUUCAACUGCC